AUGCCAGCGCCUGCCCUCCCAGCAGAGAUAAUCUGGAAGAUCGCUUCUGGCCAAAAGCUCGCAACACUCCAAUCUCUCACCCUUAUCUCGCGCCUAUUCCGCCUGGUCUGCCAACAAGUCCUCUUCAGCAAACUCAGUCUCAAUGUUAUCAGUGUCGCAGCUGCGGAUAGGUUGAAGGGGAUAAUGACGAGCCCGCGCAUCGUUUCGUACAUCCAGGAGUUGGUAUUGCAUCGGUCGGGACCGACGACGCAGGUCCCAUGGCAUGAGCGGCUUCCAGAGUUUCUGGGGAUGGUCCAUUCGGCGGGGAGGAUUAAAGCCCUCACUUUGGGUGCCCUCGAUUCGUCGGAGCUGGGUGCGAUGGAGGAUGAGUACCAGGAGGCGAUUUCUGCAGCAUUCCGGCGUAUAUGUGCUUCGGCGACCUUGCAUACCCUCGAAGUCCACCAUGAUUUCCAUAAAUACCUUCACCACUGCGGGCCAUCGCUUAAACACCUAAAGGUUGUUUCGGAGAAGGGUUCUCCCAAUGCAUCACCACCCUCUCCUCCUCGACGCCGUUCCGAUAUCAAGCUUCAAAGCUUUACCUUUGUGGGGGGAGGGUCCACGCCGUAUACGUCCAAUGUGUUCCCCUACAUGCUGAACCCGCUGAAUAAAAUCAGCUUCAAGGUGUUCAAGCGCUUGGAGUUUGGCGAGUGUCGAACGGUGGAGGACUUUGACAUGGCCAACGCCCUGUUGGAUCGGUGUCGUCAUUCGUUGGAAGACUUGGAUUUCAGAUUCAAGAGCCGGGUCUCAGAGUCAGAUGCUGUGGGCUUUCUUCGACUUCAGCCUCUCCUCCGGCUCAAGCGAUUUACGUUCAGGGGAUUCUUCGUCUGGCCGUUCCAUCAGGACGACCCGAAUCCUUACACCUGGCUCAUCGCCCAAGUCUCUGUUCAAGGACAGCCAUUCAAGAGGCUUCGCAUUAUCAUCUUGGAGGUCAAAUACGAUUACAUUCCCAUUCCAAGUAUGGUUGACCGGCGACCAUUUACGGACUGGGAGGAGCUGGGCGAGAUGCUUUCCAACAGAGAGUUAUUUCCACGGCUGAGGCUGGUGAAGAUAGUUAUGGGCUGGGCGGACUCUUCCAAGAGGGUGGGCAGGAACGGUGGCGGAGACUCGGUGAUGUCUGCCCAAGAAGUGGUUCUGGCGAAGAAACUCGAGGAAGCGAUGCCGUUACUGCAGGCACAGGGGAUGUUGAAGAUUGAAAAGUGCUCCUAG